AUUAAAAAAAGUCUUAAGAUCUUGGCAUAUAGUGGAAUGAAGAUGCAAAGUCAAAAAAGAUAUUGGCAUAUAGUGGAAUGAAGAUGCAAAGUCAAAAAUGAGUCAUAAUUACUAGACAUUAUAAAAUAGCAUAUCAUUGUCACCUAAACCAAACCCGAUUUUUCUAUGGCUAACUUAGCCAAGCUUUCUAUGACCAACACAACCAAAAAGAGCACCAACUCAUGGGGUAUCAGUCUCAUGUUUUUCGCGUUGGCUGUUAUUGCGAUAGGAGUGCUUGUUAUCCAGCUUGAUACAUUUGAGACCAUGGCAUACCCGAUGCACAAGUUUGGAAAACCAGUUGUUGUACCCGCUAGGAAAAAUGCAGCAAGUCUUCCUGGUUUGGAGAAGAUAGGGACGGGUCAGUUGAUUGGAGCCGAAGACAUCGCGUAUGAACCAAGAACUGGUUUGGUGUACACUGGCUGUGGAGAUGGAUGGAUCAAGCGAGUCACGUUGAAGGACUCCAUGGUUGAUACGGCCAUAGAAAGUUGGGUUAACACGGGUGGUCGGCCUCUUGGUAUCGCAGUUGCAGAUUCGGGUGAUGUGUUUGUUGCUGAUGCUUUUAAGGGACUGAUAAAAGUAAAUAUAGAAGGUGAGAUAGAGGUAUUGACCGUUGAGGCCGAGGGGGUGAAGUUAGGGUUUCCCGAUGGUGUUGUUGUGGCAAAAAAUGGUAUGGUGUAUUUCACUGACGGAUCAUAUAAGUAUGGCUACCAUGAAGCAAUGUCAUGUUUUCUUGAUGGUAGACCUCAUGGUAGAUUAUUGAGCUAUAAUCUUUUAACAAAACAAACACAAGUACUUGCAAGAGACCUUUACUUUGCAAAUGGAGUUGAACUUUCGCCAAACCAAGACUUUGUUAUCUUCUGUGAGAGCUUCAUGAUGAGGUGUUCUAGAUACUAUUUACAUGGCGAAAGGAAGGGGUUUAUCAAUGUUUUUAUAGAUGGUUUACCUGGUUUUCCAGACAACCUAAAAUAUGAUGGAGAGGGUCAUUACUGGUUGGCAAUUGCUUGGGACAAUUCAUUUUUAACACAAGUUACAAUGACAUAUCCUUUUGUGCGCAAGAUUAUUGCAUUUGGGCUUAAAUACCUGCAAAAAAUUCCCACUCUCAUGAAAUUUGGUGGAGUCAUAGAGUUGAAUUUGGAUGGAAAACCAAUUGGGGGCUACUUCGAUGACACAUGGAGAGUCACGACAUCGGGAUUCAAGAUUGGGGAACACUUGUACCUAGGUUCCCUAGAAAGAACGUACUUUUUGCGCCUUAAUCUUACUCAAAACCCUCCUACCAGUGGAACCUAAUAAAGCAUUUUUUUUUUUACGUUCAAUUUUCUUUGUUAAUUAAAUUAUAUUUUUCUUCAACAUAACAAUAUGAAUUUUUUUAGUUGUGAAAGAGAGAAUAUAAUUAUGAACGGA